GACGCGAAUACGCCAGCAGUAGUGAGCGAGCUGCAAGAGAAGAGGCGUUUUGAUGGCUCACGGCACGAUUCGCGACGACGACGCCCCUAGUGUUGUAUGCUGGCAAGUUUGUUCCACUGGAUCGCAGGUUUGGCACUGAUUUUAUUUACGAUCCACUAUCUGUACUACAUCGUGACGGCACUACUACGGUCACCAUCCAGUGGCCCCAGCAGAACCUACGCCGCUGGCCAUCAGAUGCAGUCCGAGGACGCAAAGUAUAUCAAAAAACGAUGGAAGGGUGGAACCAUCGAGCCACAUCCGACGGAGAAGGCCCUCAUCGUGAACUAUAAACUGGAGGCGGCCGUUUUCGGGGAACCCGGAGAUCCCAUGCUGGAGGAUAGGAAGGAUUGUCAACGGAUAAUCCGUCUCAAAUCGCUGAACGCCAAAACGGACCCGGCCGUCCUGGCCCGAGAAGUGGUGGAAAAAUGCGACCUCAUUCACAAGUCGCAACUGUCCGACAUCGAGCAGAUCAUCUACUACCUGAAGAAUCGUAAGAAUGUGGAAAGCCCCGCCACGGCCACCGGUCAGCGGACCGCAUCCCGCCCUUCUGGAGGCGUGGUCGGAGGUGCCGGUGGCGUUGGCGGAGGCGCUUCCGGCAAAGCAAGCGCCCAAGAUGCGGAAAAGGCCACCAUCCGCAACAUUGACGAGUAUAUAGAGUUACUUUAUGAGGACCUGCCCGAGAAGAUCAAGGGAUCGCGACUGAUUCUGCAGCUGGCCCGCGAUCCCGACAACCUGGGCGAACUGGAGAAGAACGAGGCUGUCCUGAGCGCCCUAUCGCGGGUUCUCCGCGAGGACUGGCGGCGAUCGUUGGAUCUUUCCACCAACAUAAUCUACAUAUUUUUCUGCUUCUCGACGUACACCAAUUUCCAUUCGGUGAUUGUCAAUUACAAGAUCGGAUCGCUGUGCAUGGACGUGAUCGACUACGAGCUGCGACGGUACGAUCAAAUGAAGAAUGACCUGGAUGCCCGGAAGAGCAGCAGUGCCGGCAGUGAAAAGGGCAAGGAAAAGGAGAAGGACGUCAAUAAGAGUGCAGAAUAUUUGGACACGAUCAUUGAUCAGGAGAAACCCAAAGAGAUGGAACCUCCUCGGAGGAGGAUACCAGAGCUGAAGCAACGGCCCAAAUCGGGCAAUUGGGCCAGCUAUCACGGAAGCAUGAGUUCCUCGUUGGUUAAAGCACAUAAUAUGAACAAUAGUUAUCAUGAGCAGUUGAACAAGGAAACGACUGCUUCCAACGAUAGUCUCAACAAUCAAUCGCCCGACAGCGAGAAACCCGAUCCAAAGAAGCAGAAAGAUGAUUAUGAUAAGAUUAACAAGCAGUUCAAGAUCUUCGCCAAGAAGCAGGAACAACUUUUAAGAGUGGCAUUUUACCUUCUUCUUAACAUAGCGGAAAACGUGAAGCUGGAGGAGAAGAUGCGCAAGAAGAACAUCGUAAAGAUGUUGCUGAAGGCGUUGGAACGACAAAACUUCGACCUGUUAGUGCUGGUCGUAACGUUCCUCAAGAAACUUUCGAUCGUCCGCGACAACAAGGACGAAAUGUACGAACUGAAUAUUGUGGAGAAGCUCCCGCGUCUUCUGCAGUCGCAGAAAGACCUGGUGCAGGUGACGCUCAAGCUCCUGUUCAAUUUGUCCUUCGAUGCCCGGCUGCGGGCAAAGAUGAUACGAGUCGGUUUCCUGCCGAAGUUGGUCACCUUCUUGAGCGACGACAAACACCACGAGAUCGUGACCAAGAUCCUGUACCACAUGAGCCUGGACGACAAGAUCAAAUCGAUGUUCACCUACACGGACUGUGUGCCGGUCGUAACGGAUAUGCUGCUGUUGAACCUGAACCAGAAGUCCGACCCGGAUCUGAUCGCUUUGGGCAUCAAUUUGGCGCUGAACAAGCGGAACGCAGCGAUGAUGAUCGAGAACAACCGACUGCACAAUCUGAUGUCCCGGGCGUUUAAGUACCAGGACACGCUGAUGAUGAAGCUGAUCCGGAACAUUUCCCUGCACGAGUCGCUGAGGAUGCAUUUUGUGGACUUCGUAGGAGAUUUAGCAAAAAUUCUGACUGAAUGUGACGAUGAGGAGUUUACCGUCGAAUGUUUGGGCAUGCUCGGAAAUUUGGCGCUGCCCGACUUGGACUACUCACAGAUCAUUCACAACUUUAACCUUAUUCCACUGAUUCGGAAUAUGCUGGUGCCAGGCAAAUACAAGGACGACCUGGUGCUGGAAACGGUGGUCUUCCUGGGCACUUGCGCAUCGGACGAAUCCUGCGCUAUGCUGCUGUGCAAAGCGGACGUGAUUCUGUCGCUGAUCGAGCUGCUCAAGGCCAAGCAGGAGGAUGACGAGAUGGUGCUGCAGAUUGUGUUCGUGUUCCAACAGGUGCUGCGGAACGAGAGCACCCGGGUGUACAUGAUCAAGGAGACGGAGUCGCCAGCCUACCUGAUCGACCUGAUGCACGACAAGAACGCCGAGAUCCGGAAGGUGUGCGACUUCUGUCUGGACAUCAUAGCGAUCACCGAUAACGAGUGGGCCUCGCGAAUCAAGUUGGAGAAAUUCCGGAACCACAACUCCCAGUGGCUGAGUAUGGUGGAAACGCAGGAGGAGACGGACGACAUCCAGGACUAUGGCCCGAUGGAUGACGACGACGGCGAUUUGCCGGCGUACCUGACGGCGGACUAUCUGGACCAGUGUAUGCUGUACCAAUCGGGGGAGUCGAACGAUGAUGGCGAGGGGAACAAUCGGUCCACGUCGGCAAUGUCCAACUACAGCAGGCCGAUGAGUCGCUACAGUCGCGACUUGGAGGACUUUGAAGUGAUAUCCUAAGAAACAAUGAGAGUUUUUCCAUCAAAACGCAUUCGUCUAUCCCCAGAUCGGUGGCAUGUGACCGCCUACAAUACAAACUAUACAGCAUGACAAAACCUAAAUACAAAACUAACAAAUACAAAUCGAUCCAAAAGGAAAAAUAGGAAAAAAAAACUUUGUUGGAUAGCCAACGAGGCUGCUAGGAAUGUAGAGAGAACUAGAGAGAUGGAGAGCUUUCCCGCGCGAGCUUACAGGCUCUGCUAUUACGAUGUUGGUAUUAUUAGAUUCCUACGAGCGAUAGAACAGAUAAGGUGUUUUAAUAUAAAGCAGAAAGUAUUUAUAGUCACGCCCGCUUCAAUAGUGCUGAGCCUUAGAUCGUGUUAGUAUCAGAGUAAGUUGCCUUCUCUCCUAUCCACGCAAUCCUUUUUUUCCGCACAAACCAACCCACACCAAAGCUGAAUCUCUCCCUUUCGAAUUGCAAAAAAGAACAUGUAGGUAGUUAGAGUGUUUGCACCCUCCCUUUUCCUCUUUGCCUGCAGAGUUUGUGUACGCAAAAAAAUACGCUUGAACGUUUGAAGCUUCGGCUUCGAAAGCAAACUUACUAUUAUAAUCCUUAUAUGCAUAACGAUGUCACUUGAUCGAUUUACUUACCGAACGAAGAAUGAGAUUGAACGAAUGUGCGAAUUGACUGUCAAACAAAAACCAUUAUGUCUAGUCUUCUUUAAUUUGUGAUAGAGAUUCCAGUGUUUUUAAGUUAUUGAACUUGAUUUUUGAUACCUUUGUGUUUUUGGAUUAUGUUAACUCGUAGUUUAUGUUAUCUGAAACAACCCCGUUAUACGCUUCUUGAAAUAAUAUAUCAUGGUUCAAUAUUGGUAGCUUCAGUUGCAAAACGUGUUGUAACCGCUCAUCAUUAACAAAUUUUAACCCUUAGUUGUAUGUAUAAUGUGCGUUUGUGACUCUGUCAACGUGUACCGAUUCAAAGACAAAGGAAAACCAAAAAAUGCGACAAAAAUAGAGUAUAUAUCGUAAUGAUUUUAGUGA